AGGGCUCACGGAGCUGCAGCAUGUCAGUCCAGGCAGUGGCAGCGAAAAUGGCAGAGGUCGAACUCAAAGACGUCCCGGCUGGCAAAGACUCUCCAGCCCAGUCCCCGCUGACACCCACCUCGGAGGGUAAGAGUCUUCCCCGAAGUUCCCCGAACGAGGCUGGUUCCUCCGCUGACGCGGAGCCCUCCGCUAAAGCGGCGGAAAGCAGCCCGGGCUUGCUCACUCCGAACCCGGCGAAGAUGCCGCAGGCUUCGGCUAUGAAGCGGACGGACCCGCAGCAGAACGGCGGGGAGGCUUUCGUCAACCGGGACGGCACUGUGGCGGAAGCUCCACGGAUGAAGAAGAUCCAGUUUGCCGACCAAAAGCAGGAGUUCAACAAGCGUCCAUCCAAGAUAGGCCGCCGCUCUCUAUCCCGAUCCAUCUCCCAGUCCUCCACAGAUAGCUACAGCUCAGCGGCGUCGUACACAGACAGCUCUGAUGAUGAGACCUCUCCUCGAGACAAGCAGCAGAAGAACUCUAAGGGAAAUGGAGACUUCUGCAUCAAGAACAUCAAGCAGGCCGAUUUUGGUCGCAGAGAGAUUGAGAUUGCUGAGCAAGAGAUGCCCGCUCUCAUGGCUCUGCGGAAACGAGCUCAGGGAGAAAAACCCCUCGCUGGUGCCAAAGUGGUCGGAUGUACUCACAUCACUGCUCAGACUGCUGUCCUGAUGGAAACUCUGUCUGCUCUCGGGGCUCAGUGUCGGUGGGCCGCCUGCAACAUUUACUCCACCCAGAAUGAGGUGGCAGCUGCCCUGGCAGAAGGAGGUUUCAGUGUGUUUGCAUGGAAGGGCGAGUCUGAGGACGACUUCUGGUGGUGCAUCGACCGCUGCGUCAAUGUGGAGGGCUGGCAGCCAAACAUGAUUUUGGACGACGGUGGCGACUUGACUCACUGGAUCUACAAAAAGUAUCCCAACAUGUUCAAGAAGAUCAAGGGCAUCGUGGAGGAGAGUGUCACUGGAGUUCACAGGUUGUACCAGCUUUCCAAAGCAGGAAAAUUGUGUGUUCCCGCCAUGAACGUUAACGACUCGGUGACCAAGCAGAAGUUCGACAACCUAUACUGCUGCCGGGAGUCCAUCUUAGAUGGGCUGAAGAGAACCACUGAUGUCAUGUUUGGAGGGAAGCAGGUGGUUGUCUGCGGCUAUGGAGAGGUGGGAAAAGGAUGCUGUGCUGCCUUAAAGGCAAUGGGCUCCAUCGUCUACGUGACAGAGAUCGACCCCAUUUGUGCCCUGCAGGCGUGUAUGGACGGGUUCCGACUGGUCAAGCUCAAUGAGGUCAUCCGACAAGUGGAUAUUGUGAUCACCUGCACAGGCAACAAGAAUGUGGUGAUCCGGGAGAACCUGGACCGCAUGAAGAAUGGCUGCAUCGUCUGCAACAUGGGUCACUCAAACACAGAGAUCGAUGUGGCCAGUCUGAGGACUCCAGAGCUGACCUGGGAGAGAGUCCGAUCUCAGGUGGAUCAUGUGAUCUGGCCUGAUGGCAAGAGGAUCGUCCUCCUGGCUGAGGGUCGCCUGCUGAACCUCAGCUGCUCCACCGUCCCCACAUUUGUGCUGUCCAUCACCGCCACCACUCAGGCUCUUGCGCUGAUCGAGCUCUACAACGCCCCUGAAGGACGAUACAAGCAGGAUGUCUACUUGCUGCCCAAAAAGAUGGAUGAGUAUGUGGCAAGCUUACACCUCCCCACAUUUGAUGCACACCUGACGGAGCUAAGUGACGAGCAGGCCAAAUAUCUGGGCCUGAACAAGAACGGACCCUUCAAGCCGAACUACUACAGGUAUUAAUCUUGAGAUGGUCUGGAUGAACACAAGACACAGACUCGCCAAGGGAGGGGGCGCUGGAGGACAGACUCAACUCAUCUGCUUCUUAUGUAACAGAGGGGUGGAGCUUCAUAUUGGCUCCAUUAAAUUUACCUGGCAAACCUUUUGUGCCGCCCUCACUUUCACGCGCCUUCUUCUCUUGCCGUUCUUGUGUUUGUCCCAUUGCGCACCCAUCCUCCUUCGCCAUCGCCUGAUCUUUUAUUGUUUUAUUACAACACUAAAUCUAUAAUAUAUCGAUAUACAUAAAAAGACAAAUGCUACAGAAAAAAAGUUUGUACGAAUGAGAAACGUUUUUUUUUUUUUUUUUUGGUGAAGGACGUUUUCUUCUGUUUCUGUCAUUUUUUUUCUACUUAUUGGAGGGCGGGGCUAGAUAAAGUGGGUGGGGUUAGGCAGGAACUCAGGGUCCAAUCAUAUCAAUGCAUUGAUUUAUUUAUGAUUCUUUAUUUUCUGCCCAAUUGUUUCUAUUACUGUACUGAUGUUUGUCUGUGUUCAUGUUUAACAGUUGUACGGCAAUUGUAUUCUGGUUGGUUGACACAAGGUGGCAGUAUUCACUAUUUCAACAGUGGAAAACUUGACCGGUUGAUUUUUGUUUUUGUAAAGCUACCUCCCACAAUACAUUUACAUUUAGUUGCAAUUGACUUGACAAUUGUCACUGAUACGGCAAACAGGAAUAUCUGUAGAUAAAUGUAUGAAGUACAGGCAUGUACCAUCGAAUCAACUUAUUUUCCGACAAACAUUCAUGUUGCUUCAUAUAACUCUGAAUAUUGCAAAUAAGUUUUCUGUAACAUUUCAGAUUUUCCUAACAAUUUAAUUCUGUCAAGUUUGUACGAAUGUUAUUCCACGUUUUCUGGUUGUCCAAAUGUCUGCAUUUUUUCCCCUGAUCAUGUAAUGCAGUAAAAGAUGCGUCAGCUACUUUUUCCUACCCAUUCGGAUUUCAUUUGCUAAAAUGCAGAAUACUGAUCGAUCUAAAUGCUUCAUCAUGAGUGUCCUGUAGUUAUUUCUGCAGUAGCAGUACUUUUGGCAAACCUUGUGCCCUACACUGUGCCAUCUGCAAAGAUUUUUAAUUUAUUUUGUCUUGCAACAUUUGUCCAUCUAGCAGAAACACAAAAAGCCACACUCCUUGUCAAGCUUACUUGAACUGAAGUGCAGAAAUGUUGGUGAGUAAUACAGAACCACAUUGACAACUUGAGAACUAGCAAAAGGUUCAUUGGACGCUCAAUUUCCUGUUCAAUGUCUUUCUUUUAGCAUCGUAUGACCACGGCGUCGCCGAUCCCAGCCUGUAUUUGUGUGUCUAGAUUUCGUGUGUUGUUGUCGUGACCCUCAAAUAAGUCUUAUUUUGUGUGUGUGUUUGUGCGCGCGCACGAGUUAGAAACAAGGCGUGGCCUUUCUGAGCGAUUCCUGAAGUUCGUCUAAAUGUCUCUAUAAAGAUUGUGUGUAAACUUUUUCUCAGACCACAGUUGUUAUCAGCUGCCUCAGGAUGUUGUUGGCCUGUGCGCCAGGGUGGCGUUCAUUACACGUCGCGGUCAACCGACUGCCUUGGGGGCGGGGUCACACCAGCAUCGUAUAUGUAUAUAAUAACUCUAUACAAAUAUGAACACCUGUAGAAGGACAACGAAGAAUCAUCUCCUGUAUUUAUUGUUUCCUCUGAUCUGUUUUGAGUUGUGGAAAACCAGAUGACAUUCGAUGACGAGCAAUAAUUAAAGAAUUCUGUAAUAUGAUACAAAUAA